UCCUAAGCUGUCCCGUGUAGAAAAGUUUUUCCUCCAGGUUUUUUGGGAACUCCACUGAGCCCAGCGAGCACAACGCGCACAUCUGACAGCGCGUCGAGUUCGUCCGCAUGGACAAGACCAACAUUCUCAUUGAUCGCUCUCUUAUUUUAUGACUAUAGCCACCCCCACUCUGUUCUAAAGACGAGACGUUUUUUUCUUGCGUGUGCCAAAUACUCAGGCGGGCAGCACGUGCAAAUCGCGACACCUCCAGGUUCACGAGGCCCACUUUUUAGAUACUAUUUUGCAUCCCUAACGUCUCACCUGCCUUGGUUUAUUCAUUACCGUUAUCCUCAGACCUUGUUCAGACUACAGUGGAUCCCCCAUCAACCAUCGUCUCGUAAUACUGCAGCAGGACGUCCGGUGCGCGACACAGAGCGCGCGCGCUGCAGGAGCACAGAUCUACAGGAACUUCCCCGUUUGGCUGUGAGUCAUUGCAAUGAGCGCGCGCGGCGAGGAAGGCGCCGAAGCCUCGGGAUCCCGCGAGCAGCCCGCUCCGGCCGCCGAGCCUCCGAAGAGAGGACCGGGAAGACCCCGGAAGCCGCAGCAAGAACCCACGGGUGAGCCUGUCCCCAAACGUCCAAGAGGACGUCCCAAGGGAAGCAAGAACAAGGGGCCUUCCAAAGCAGCACAGAAGAAAGCUGAGACCACAGGAGAGAAGAGACCCAGAGGAAGACCAAGGAAAUGGCCACAGCAAGUGGUCCAAGAAAAGCCUGCUCAGGAAGAGGAGGAGGAAGAGGGCUCACCCGAGGAGGACUAAUCAACCACAGCAUUUUACCUCUACCUCAUCCAGCUGUCAGCUCUCUUCAAGGGAAAAGACUGCCUUGACCACUUAUUGUUGAGUUUCCACUUUUGUUUAUCAAGUUUGUUAAUCGUUCUCAUUUGUUGCAUUUCUUAGUUUCAUUUUUUGUUUGUUCUUGUUUGUUAUUUUGGUUUUGGUUUUGUUCUUGUGAUCAGCACACAAAACCUCAUAGCAUGAACGCGGGGCAAAAAUCACGACAACAACAUCGACAAAAAAACACAACCGUUGUGCAGAUGAUAAUUCUGCUCACCUCCGCAUUCCAAACUGCUGUAGCACAGAGGUGCGGGAGUUAGCCGCAUGGGAUGUGCUGCUGGUGCUCUUGCCACACACACCAACACACACACAAAAGAGAAGGAAAACCUAUCUGGUUUUGUCAUUUAAAUGUUUGUGGUAGAGCCUACAACACACACCGUUACUCCAUCACAAGUGCACACAUACAUGCAGAAAACACCUUACUUCUGUGUCACACCACCAAAGACAGAUGAGAAAUUAACCAUUCUGGGUAUUUAGAUAUAUAAAAGGUUAAAAUACAACAUUUUAUUUGAUAAAUGUUCACUAAUAUGAACAUGAAAAUAACAUGACCUAUUAAAUGUUAAUUACCAUCAUUAGAAAGUUUUUUUGAAGAAUUUUGUAGUACAGAAAGAAGAAAAUAGAGUCUGGGGUCAACAUUAAUGAGGAAUAUUGUGCUGGAUGUAUUUAAAGCCAAUUCCAUAGCAAAGAUUUUUCAAAAAGGAACCUAUUCACACUAGUUUGCAUUAUGUAUGCAUAUACAAUUACCUUAAUAUAAGUGGGUCUUUCCAUAGAAUAAAUGUAACAACGUUAACAAUAUUUAACAUGAGUACACGAAUUGGAAUGGCUUUGACUUAUUAUAAAUGGUAUUUAGAGGCUUUAAAACCCUCCAAAAGCCAUUAAGGUAUCGAAAUUAUAUGAGGUGAAUUAUAACCUUUAAAUGAUGUAGAAUAUCACAUCAGAUAUAUUCGUCAAGUGAAAAUCUUAACCAAAAACAUAACUAAGCUUUAAUACCUUAAAAUAAGCCCAGAGUUUGUUCAGUUUGAACUUUUCCUGUCUAUCUUCGGUGGUGAGCUUAAAAACUAGACAAAAAAAAAACGUACUUCUGCAAAUUGUAAAUGAGACGCGAGUCUCCAACAGAACUACAGAACAACCAUGCAGCAAUCUACUGUACAUACACAACCCUGGCAUAUUUGUUUUACCAUUUUACAUGUACAGAUUCGUUAUUGUGUUUCUUUCUGUUUUUUUUUCUGUUUUGUACAACAUUUAAAGAAGACGUAAUAGCUUUAAAGAAGACAUAAUGUUCAGUACUUUCACAUAAAGGGAAGUAUGUCAUCACAUUCUGACUCAAAAACUGAACCUCAAGAAACAUAACCCACAGGAAAGAAACCACACUAUACCUCAAGACACACAAGAUCCAUGAAGCACAGUGACCUUGUUGGGGUUCAGGGCUUCGAUCCCGUCGGCACUGUUGCCCAUGAAAAAUCUCCUCAUCAUUUCAAAGCUACCUCCGAUUUCUUCACCCAGCGAAUCAGCUUAUGAGACACACGCUGCUAUAAACUACUCAUUACUCAGCAGGGGAUGGCAGUGAGUGCCAAUGUCAAAAAAAAAACUUCUCUUGAAUGCCUGUAAUAAUAAUGUUUGAUGGCACAGAGAAGCUCUGCAAAUGAUUUGUGAGAGUCAGGCAGGUGAUGACUGAAAUCCGAGGUGUGAUUGGAUUCCAAGAUGAACUCCUCAAGCAGCUAAGGGAAUACGUACUGUUUUUUUUUUUUUAAUUAUUGUUGUUUCUUUAUUUUUAACACUUUCAUUUACCUGUUAUAUGUAACAAGAUUCUUUUCUUUCUUGGCAACUGGGGCAUCUGUUUUACAUCAGUUAACUUGAAUAUGUUUUGUACUGAUUUACUCAAUUGUUUCUAUGGAUCAAAUGCUUGUAUGACUCUAAAUGAUAUUAUUGCAAGUGGAUUUUCUUUGCUCCUCUUAUUUUUUUUUCUUUCUUCUCUUCUCUUUGAGUUUUAGUGUAGAUUUCCUCUGACAUACAUACUCUUCUGAUAUGUACCUCAAAAAAAAAAGAGAAAAAAAAAGACUAAUAAUCAAUUGACAAAUACCUACCUCCGGUCUUGAUAAAAAAUGAUUUUGCCUGGCCUAUUUUAGCACAAUUUCAAAUGAUUGUACGCUGAAAAAAGGACUGCACAAAAUCCAUGCUUUACAAACAUUAAAUUUGAAUUGAUUUUCAUUUUCCUGGGGGAGAAGACAGAGAAAAAAAAACUUGAUAAUUUUUCAGGUUAAAAAGUAUAUAUAUAUAUAUAUAUAUAUAUACAUACAUACAUAUAUAUAUAUAUAUGUUUUGAUUUUGUAUAUUGCAUACAUGACUUUAUUUUUUUUUUAAUUACUAGAUAUCGAGAUAUACUUGAUUAGCAAGAUUUGUGUCUUUUACACAAAUGUGAUUUUCUGUUCUUGUCAUGUGGUUCAUGCAGGUUUAUAUGUAAUACUUCAUAUGUAGUGAAAUGCUACACUUUUUUCAGAUUAUCAUCAUGAAAACCUUUGAACCGCUAACUGGUAUUCUCAACUGGGUCUGAGGUAGAGCCUCACGGAAAGCUAGUGGAGCAGCAGACAUGCCUCCUGAAUUGACACAUUCAUAGUUGCUUGGUGUGGCUACCUUUAGCAUGGCAGCUGCAAACCAACAUUAGAUCUCGCUCAAACACUGUAAGGCUAAAUAACUGUCUACAUAUUUAGCAGUACAAAAAAAAGUCACUUACCUAGUUGAAAAUAUUGUCACAUUAUGAAGCACCUUAAUGGCAAAGACAUAAAUGACCUUUAUUUGCUUUUUUAUAAAGCAUCCAAAAGGAAAUGCAGCUCUUCUGGGGGCUGUAGAUACAUCAGAAAGUUUAGCUCCCCGUAAAGACCUUCAGUUUACUGUCGUUUUAUGUGAUUUAUGUAAAAGCAGUUUAAUUUGGUGUAUUCACCGUGUAGGUAGGUCCUGCCAUUUAUCAUUUUAAAAAUUGACUAUUUUGGGAGAAAUAAAAUGAAAUUAAAAUUUAUUCGGCUGAAACAGAUUCCUGCUCUGUGAGUAAAUGCAACUCCUAUUUACAGUGAUAUCCAACUGCUCUGUCAGAUCCAGGGGCUUAGCUCAAAUGAGCAAAAAUAACGUACUGUUACGGGUCACAUUACCGACAGUGAUUGAUUAAAUUAAAACAGCAUGAAAGGAAUUGUAAACUCAAAUCAAAUCAACAUCCAUGUCUGUUCACUAGAAAUGUAUCUCUUUUGUGGUGAUGUAGAAAUUCUGCAAAUGGAGUUCUUUUCCCGUCUGAAGGAAUUGAACUGGAAAACUUUAUCCUCACAUUUUUCAUGUUACAUUUAAUAAAAGCAUGAUUAGAAUGCAAGGGUUUUGACUAAAACAUCUCACUACUGUAUAAAGUAACAAGGGGGUGGAGCCAUGCUGAUAACUCUAAAGUGCUGAGGCGUGGAUGUGAAACAAAAUGUUUUACAAGUUAAAACUAUGCACCUAUGUUAAACCCAAAGAGAAAUGUAAAGGAUGAACUGAAUGUGUGAUUUAAAAGGAUUUCAAAUCAGCCAGAAGAAGAAGUAGAGUUUUUGCAGACACGUUCACAUACCGGAAGUAAACUCCGUACCUGCAGAGAGCCAUCGUUUUUAUAACUGCACUGAAAUGUAUAUUCUGUUUUUUUCUGCAUUUGCAGAAAUACUGAAGACUCCUAAAACAUCUCUUCAUCAGCAGACACCAUAUACUGUGUAGUCAUAUUUACUCACCGCUAACAAACAUCUCUUUGCAAGAAUCACGUUCACUGCUUUAGGGAAAAGACAUCACAAGUGAAAAGGACUGUCUGCUAUGAUGCACAUGUCUAACAGUGUGUAUUACUGACAAAAUGUCAUAAUGUUCUUGAGUCCUUUCUUGACUUGAUCUGUUGGUUUGAAUGUGUAUCCACAUGAGCCACUGUUAAUGUGCUUUUCGCUGUGGGUGUCUUAAUGAAGUCGACUUUGAUAACAUGUUCUAGUACAAUCGAAUACACACUACUACCUCCAAGAGGGCCUCUUUUUUUUUUUUUUUUUUUUUUUUUACCUCAUUAUUCAAUCUGCUUAAAUUCAGUUAAAUUCAGGUGGCUGACUCCAGGGAAAACAUAUAUAUUUUUAUGGGUGAUACAUUUUAUAAGACUGUUCAUCUCUGCCUCUGCCUUUCAGUCACAGUUGGACUGGACAGUUACCUUGUUCAAAAGCAUUUUUCUUUCAUUAUGCAAUGUUAUGUAGUUUCAUUAGCUGUGGGGAGAGACGGUCGCCUGUUCUUGGCCUCCUCCACCUAAUAUAUAACUUCCAAUGCUUUCUAACAUUUAUGGCUAUCUCUGUUUCACCUAGUAUCGCUGUCUAUAAUUCCACUUCGAAUUACUUGCCUGUUAAAAAAAUGAUUAAAAAAGUUCUCUUUAUAGAUAUUCACUGCCUUAUUCAGCACAAUAAAAUGGGUGCUUGUGA